AUGGUGCUAGCCGUUUUGGAUUGCAAUGAAUAUAAAACAGGUAGAACGAGUUUAGCAAUUUUAUACGGAAUAUUCGCAAUAUCCAAGUGGUUUGGACCAAUUAUUACGGAUUUUCUUGGUAUUAAAUUAAGUUGUCUAAUUGCUGGAGCUUGCUAUUGUUUUUACAUGGUCUCGUUUAUCUACCCGUUCAUUGAAACUAUCUAUAUUGCAGCCGCACUCACUGGACUUGCCGGUGGAGUACUUUGGACAGCUCAAGCUAAUAUUGUGAUAUCCAGUACUGAUACCAAGCAUUCGAAAAGGGAUGGUCGUAUCUUUUGGGGUUGUAUGCAAUUUAGUCGUUUAUUGGGUAACGUAUUCUUGGUGUGGAUACUAAGUGGUACCAAGGCAAUAGGUCAAAAUCAACGAAUAUUACUGUAUAUUGUCUUAGCAGUGGCAUGUGGCGUCGGUUCAGUUUUACUUCUAUUUAUUUUCCCGACUAAAUUUAUAGAGAAAUCAAAGGGUGAUGAGAAUGUUAUGACCGAAACACUAUCGGAUAAAAUUCUUAAUCCCUUUAAAUUAUUCCACCUAAGUAUGAAGACUUUCUUCAACUCGAACGCUGUUUGGUUGGUUUUUAUAUUUGUUUAUACAGGCUUUGCAUUUGGUUUCUACAGUACUACAUACAUGACGUGCAUUGGUAAUACCAAGCUGUUUGCGAACCCAGAUGAAUUUAUUGGCAUAGCGGGUAUCAUUUUAGGGAUAGGAGAAAUUAUUGGUGGGAGUCUGUUUGGUAUCGCUGGAGAGAAGAAGCUAUGUGGGCGCAUCUCCAUAAUAUGCAUUGGUCUCCUUUUUCAUCUUUUUUCAUAUGCAUUUAUAUACUUUAAUGUGCCCUUUAAAUCACCGUUCAUGGAAACUUAUGAAAAUGCAUUCUGGGGAAAACCUAGUUUUUUAAUGGCUGCUACCUGUGCCUUCUUUUUGGGAUUAGGUGAUAGCUGUUUUUAUUCUCAGAUCUAUUCCAUUCUUGGAGAAAUUUUUGAAUCGAAUAGCCCACUAGUGUUUGAAGUCUUUACCUUCAUACAAUCGUUAUCAAUAGCUGGAUUCUUUUUAUUGAGCCUAUCAACAACUUUACAUCUUCUGACGAUAAUUAUUGCUGCUGUAGGUGUCGUCGGUGUUAUAACAUUCUUCAUCGCUGAGUAUCAAAUACGUUCUGCAGCAAAACGAGAAUUAUAA